AUGCAACUAGGGCGGCAAAUGCCCACUUCAGCGGAGAAGUGCUCUGCGUCCCUUUGUUUUUCCUUGUUAUUCCGCUUCCCCACGGGAGAUGAUUUUCAAGAAACUGCAACCUACUCCGCGACGCCGAUGAGCAAUAAAGGAUCAAAAGAUUCAUCGCCGUCGUCUGAAAAUGUCACGUUACGGCUUAUUUUGGUGAGCGGCCGAACGCAUGAGUUCCAGUUUCAUCCGCUAACACCAGCACAUGAAGUCACCCAAAAAGUCUUCGAACAAUGGCCUAAAGAAUGGGCUGACGAAAAAGUGGAAUCGGCGUCGAUGCUAAAACUGAUCUAUCAUGGAAGAUUUUUGCAUGGCUCCGUCACAUUGAAUGCAUUGAAUCUACCGCAAGGCAAAACGACAGUGAUGCAUUUGGUGACGAGAGAAAAUCUUCCGGAACCGAAUUCCAGUGAUUCGCUGUCAAAACGGAAGCGUGGCAGCUGUUGUCGAUGUGUGUUGUCGUAGUGGAAGUUCUUGCCAUACGGCUUGCAUGUCUUUUAUGUGUUCAAUCUCAAAUGCACAUGGGUCAUUUUGAUUGAUGAAGAUCAUUAUGUACAAAUAUAGUAUUACAAAGUGUUAUAGUCUCUGUGGAAAACAUGCUAGAAUGAAGCAAAAUUCAAGAGAACCUUUCUGCAUACGAGUAAUACAGUAAGAAGCAUAGUAUGCAGCAUGAAACCAAUUUGAUAGUUAUGAACUUUCCAAAUUAGUGUAAAUGUUUUUAUGUGUUUUUAUUCUGUGAUAUAUAUGCGUGAGAUUAUUGCAUCCAUAGAGCUCUUGAACAGCUAAGUGUGCUGUUAUGUAUUCAUUUCAACUUCUGAGUGGUGAUUUUGUUUAUAUGUAUUUUUAAAAUUCAGCUCACCUCACUUUUCUCAUUUUGUUAUGUUUUUCUUCGAUGUUUUGAUUCGUGUUCCUAAUAUUCCAAUGCACUUGUCAGUCACCUAUAGGGUUCAACAAAAUAUUCUUGCAAUUCUUUUUUUUUGUUCCAUUCGUCCACACUAAAAGCAUUGUUAUUGUGAUAAUACUACAUCGAGUUAUGAAGUGAAGCAUUUCUCCGCUUACUCUUCUUUUGUAUUUACCCUUUUGCAUUUGAAACGAGAAGAAAACAAUAACUUCGUUCUUAGCCAAAUUACUAAAAUUUUCAACAGGUAUCGUACUUGGCGGAGAAUAGCAGCACGAAAAAAAGAUAUUCUGGCAGCUUUCAUUUCUUUUUUCUGGUCGCUUGUGUAUAUGAACAUCAACAUGUGUAUUUGAUCAGUCUAGGCCCAGACAGAACACCACGUGAACCUUUCAUUCUCAUGUUUAUUUUGUGAGUAGAUGUGAUAUUAAACUUUUCAUCGAUA